AUAAUCUCAACAACAUUAUCCAACGUGGCACCAUGGACUCCACCUCACAAGAACUCAAACACAGAGCCACCACCACCACCACAGAAGACCAAUCUCCAACCCUUCAACCCAACACAAAAACUCAAAAACAACGUAUCCCGACACGUGGCAUCCGCUCACUGGCUGUCGGGAUCGCGAUCCCGUUAGCUCUAACCUUAGCCAACAUAUCUAUCUUCGGCUGGAACCGAACCUACCGAACCAUCCACAAACCGUUCUGGGUCCCACCGUUAUGGGCUCUACAUUUAACAUGUUUGGGUUCGGCUUUUAUUAUGGGUUUAUCGGCUUGGCUUGUUUGGGCUGAAGGGGGGUUUCAUAAGAACCCGAGUGCGGUCGGGUUUUAUUUGGGGCAGUUGGGGCUGAGCCUGGCUUGGGACCCGGUGUUUUUUAAGAUGGGUGCGGCUAGGUUGGGUUUGUUGGUGUGUUUGGGUCAGAUGGCGACUAUGUGGUCUUGUUUGAAGAUGUUUGGGCGGGUUAACCGGACUGCGGGUGAUUUGGUGAAGAUUUGUUUGGUUUGGUCUGGGUUUUUGACGCUUGUGAAUUUGUAUUUUGUGGUUUGAUGGUUAUGUGAAGGGUAUGGUGAAGGGGGUUUUUGUGUAUAGAAGUUUAUGCUUUCAUGUUUUGUGGUCUUGCAAUGUAAUAAUAUGAUAUAACAUGUAAGAAUAUAAGUGAUGUUUGUGUUGUUUUAAUAUUUGGUUUGAUAAUCAAA